AUGUUUCUUAAAACAGUGCUUCAAGAAUUACGGCAUAGUCAGCGAAUACUAAUAAGGGGUUUAAGUACAAAACCAUCAUGGGAUAUUAUCACUGGAGUAUGCGUUGAAAGGCUCCCUGUAGUCACUCCACCCCUAAAUGCAAUGCAAAAGAAAUACAAAGAAAUGCUUUACACUAUUGAAGUUGAGAAUAGUUUAAAGUCAGAUCAUGAGUUAAGGCACGAUAAUGAUAAAAUUAAAGCUGAACUUUUAAAAAAUGAAUCUGCUGACAUAGACUUGGAUGUAGUUAGCAAGAUCACAGCUCAAGAUUUUGAGGAUGCUGCAGCAGAAGAAUUUGCAAAUUUUAAGUUUGCUGACCUUGUAACAGAAGCUGAUAAAACCGGAAAUAAAGCUUCCAUUGAAAGAUGUUUGCAGAGACAUCUUGUACUUGUAACAUCGCUCAAAUUGGGAAAAGACACUAAAACCAUAUUACCACAAGGAAAGUGGCAGGAAGGUGAAACAUUAAGACAGACUGCUGAAAGAAUACUGUCGGAACAUUGCGGGUCCGAUCUAAAAGUACAGUUCUUAUCCAAUGCACCGUGUGGAUUUUAUAAAUACAAGUAUCCAUCAGAAAUAGAAGGAAAAAUUGGUGCAAAGGUUUUCUUCUACUAUGCAAAUUACAAAAGCGGCGGCGUUAGUGAGAAGGUGAAAGCUAAUUGGCUGACACGGACGGAACUAAUUGAAACACUUCCCGAUAAAUACAGAAAGUCAGUUGAAGAAUUUCUUAUCAAUGAACCAUACUAG